CAGACCACGUUCUGUGAUUGGACAGUAUAACAUACAUCAUCCACAAGGGCCUGUUUUUGGUCGCUAUUUGAUGACGAAACGAUUAAGUUGUAAACAUGGAGGAGAGAGAAGCACUGAAGAGGCAAAUUGAACUUCUACAAAAUCUAAUCAAUGAACAUAAGAGCGUCCAUGGCGACACCCCGUUUGCAAGAGCUGAGCAGAGGCAUCCAGAAGCUCCAAUAUCAGCCAGAGGCAGAGGUCACAGCACAUCUGUCAUCGAUCCUGACAGCUCCAGAGGGAGACUAUAUGCUCCUCAGAGCCGUGGAAGUUGGAGGAAAACGUACUCGCUGAGAAACAAGAGCCCCCAGUCCUCUGCUGGACAUCCCUCAGCCUCUACCUCCUCUGUUCAUCAGUCUACUUCCCACAGUAUAUCUCACAGCGCCUCACUGCCCAGCCACAGCAGAGCAGAGGAAAGCGAUAGAGGCACUACUGCCACUUCAUCAUCAGGGAUCCCUCAACAGAAGAGAGGGGGACAUAUAAACAGCAUCGCAGGGAUAACGGGAGUUGCAACACAGAAGAAAAACACAAAUACUCUUAGAAAAACAGAGACAGCUGUGUCUCAGCAUGAAGAUGAAAAAGCAGGUUCAAGCUCAACAGGCACUAGUAUGCAACAUGAAACGCUUCACAGACAGACUCAAGAAUUUCAGCAGAGGGCUGAAAACAGGCGUGUAGUCCUGCCAGAAAAGAAAGUUAGUGGCUCUUCAGAAGCGCCUUCUUCAGUCAAGGCCAACACCUCGACCAGUUUGCAGAGCAGCCCUCAAGUACAGAUCAAACCUGCCUUGACAAGCAAAACCAGCACUGAGACUAAACGGGCCAUUACUACGACAACUCCAGCUAUUCUCGCGACUGGUAAUACCAUACCACCUAUCUCUGCUCUGUCUAAAGUAUCAAUACAACCUUCCAUUAACCCCACACCUCACACCAGCCAGGACCAAGUCAGUGCGUCUUUUUUGAAAAAAUCCAAGUUCACUUGGGUAAAGAGCAAGAAUGUGGGAGGAGUGGAGCCUAAACAAGCUAGCUUUAUUUCCUCACCCAAAGGCAAAGCUGUGACUGCUGCGCCCUCAUUCUCAAAAGCUGGAGUUGCCAGUGGAAGCUCCCCCUUAUUCUCAGUCAGUAAGAGAACCCCUGCCAAGAAGUUACCUCGAAAGCUAAGCCCGGUCACUUUACCCCCCAAGACCUCCAAGUACAAAUGGGUCUCCUCCUCUGCUGGAGCCCAAGUUAGAAUAUCUCGAAAAUCACUGUCUCCCAAAGCCUUGACCUUUUCCCAGAGAGCUCUGGAAAAGGGAGAGGCCGCUAAGAAACUCAGAGCAGCCUCCGCUCCCUCUGCUAAGAUGAAAAGGGGAUUUGCAGGUUUCUCUACCAACUCCUCACUGAGUAGCCGUUACCGCUGGAAGGCUGGAGGUCAGAGUACCUCUGCGGCAGUGACAGGAGGGGCAACAGUGGCCCGCCGUAGGUCUGCCUUCCACUGGACGUCAGAAAAAAGCAACAAAGGAGUGAGAGAAGGGCUUGUUGCUUCCCCAUCUGUAACCCAACGUACCUCCUUUCUGCCCUCCUCCUCCCCUGGUGGGUUCAAGCUCCGCAGCAGGAUGAAAAUCAUUAGGAAGUCUGCUAGUAGUGGAGGUGGGUCAGAGAAGGGGACUAGCCCAUCAGCAAUAAAGUACUCCCCGCGGAGCCGGAUCCACAGCUCCACCAGGACUCCCAUAGGAGUUAGGAGGACACCCUCCAGGGAGCUUGUGUCUUUUGGUAGACACAAGUUGAGGCGGCUCUCCCCUACCUUAUCAAGAACAAAUCCUGUCUCUCCCUCCCACCGUAGCCCCGCCUCCCAGCGGGUGUUCAGGACACGCUACAAGAUGGUGACCCGCCCGGGCACCAGCACCGCAAACACCCUCUACUACAACCCCACCCUCUCUUGGAGAGCCAAGAGGAUCCAAUCUGCCAGGAGUUUCCUUCAGAGCCGUCUGCGAGCUCCCCACGACAGACACCCGUCAUCCACUCAGCACUGGAGAGGAAGCAACAUGUGCUGGAUUCGUGGCUCCCUGUACCGGGUGUCAGCCAAUAAGCUGUCCCGCACCGUGGCGUCCAACAUGUCGAUCAAUCCAACAGGAAGGUCUUUCAGCAGCACCCAGGUCUCAUCAAUGUUUCCUGCUUUCAACCGACCCUCCAGUACUCGUCAUUUAGCCAGCCGUGCGGUCCAGCGGAGCCUUGCCAUAAUCAGACACGCUCGUCAGAAGAAGCAGCAGAAGCAGUACUGCAUGUACUACAACCGCUUCGGGAAGUGUAACCGUGGCACCAGCUGUCCUUACAUCCAUGACCCAGACAAGGUUGCAGUCUGCACCAGGUUUCUGCGAGGGACGUGCAAGCAGGCAGAUGGGACCUGUCCAUUCUCCCAUAAGGUGGCUAAGGAGAAGAUGCCGGUGUGUUCCUACUUCCUGAAGGGAAUCUGCAACAACAGCGACUGUCCCUACAGUCAUGUCUAUGUGUCCCGCAAAGCUGAAGUGUGUGAGGACUUUGUCAAAGGCUACUGUCCUGAGGGAGAGAAGUGUAAGAAGAAACACACCCUGGUGUGUCCUGACUUCUCUAAGGCGGGAUCCUGCCCUCGGGGAGCUCGCUGUAAGCUGCAGCACCGCCAACGAGCCAAACAAAACGCCAGCACCACCUCCAUCACCCCAGCAAAGAGAGCCCGAACCAAGGAGCUCUCUAAGAGGCCCCGCCUGUCUGUUGUCAUGCCGCAGGGCUCUCAGGCAGCUCCAGGGACGCCCUCCGAAGGUCCUCUGGCACUGCCAUCCUUUAUCUACCUUUCCAGCUCCCCAGAGGAGGCAGACACCCCAGACACACUGCUGGCUGAGACCUCACAGGCUAAAGAGAAAAAAUUGCAGAUCAAGCCUCGGCUUUGAGACUACAGAGACCAGCAGCGCUGGAGGUGAAAAACACUUCUCAAUGAUUUCUGUGCUCCAGGUUUGUCCAGACAGGUGUAUCUGUGUCUCUUCCCUCUGAAUGUCUUUCUUUACUCAGGACCUGAAAGUUUUAUCUUCUAUAUCUAUAAAUGUGUUACACAUAUCAAUUUGGGUGUUUACAAUACAGAUUUUCUCAUCAGAUUUUGUACAUUUUAAAAAGUCAAAUAAAAUAUCAACUGUU